AUGCACCACUCCAUGGACGUGCCCCAGGACCAAGUGACCUUCGAAGAUGUGGCUGUGCACUUCUCCAGGGAAGAGUGGGCAUGUCUGGACCUUGACCAGAAGGCGUUGUACGGGGACGUGAUGCUGGAGACCUGCCAGACCCUGGCGGCGCUGGGUGCUCUGAGCCCCCAGUCCUGCCCUGCCUGUGGGCUGACAUGCUUUGCUUUCUCCCCCGUCCCCCCCAAGGGCUCAGUGGGCCGCAGCCACAUCUCUGGUGCCCGGAGCAGUGGGCCAGCCAGUGGGAGAGACCUGGGGCUCCUGGCCAGCCGUGGGGCUCCUGCCCAGCACGAUGCUGAGGCAGUCACGGCGGCCGCAGUCACGGCGGCCGCAGUCACGGCGGCCGCAGUCACGGCGGCCGCAGUCACGGCCCCACUUCCCGGUGCUCACUGGUCCCAGGCACAGGCUUACAGCUUCCUGUCUCACAUCACCUCAUCCUCACAGCCACCCUCUGAAGGGAGGCACCGUCAUUGUCCCCACUGUGCAGUGUCUCUGAGACGUGACGUCAAGCAGCUGUGUGAGAAUAAGACAAGUUGGGGAGACCCUGAGUUCUGUAGAACCCCAGGAUGGGGAGGACCGCGGGUCCCAGGCGUGAAGGAGGCUCGUGGCCUGGAAGGGACUGGGGAGCUCCGUCCCCAGGAAGGACGCCGCAGCAGCCGGCGCACGGCCCUGCGGGAAGCGGCCAGGGAGGCAGCUGCAUCCGGGACAGACUUUGUGCUGGGCUCCGGCCCAGGGCAGCCUCCCGGAGCCACCUCGGCGAGGGGCACCGGCGGGCGCGCAGCCCCGCAGCUCCCGGCGUGCGGACGGCGGCGUGGGUGCCGCGCGCGCCAGCUCGCGUUCAUCUGCGGCACGUGCGGCAAGGCCCUGAGCAGCCACAGCCGGCUCGUCACGCACGAGACGGUGCACACGGGCGCCAAGUCGCUCAAGUGCUUGCAGUGCGGCCGCGCCUUCCGCUGGCUGUCCAACCUGCUGCGGCACCAGCGCAACCACACGCGCGAGAAGCCCUUCCGCUGUGAGCAGUGCGGCCAGGCCUUCAGCCUCAAGGACCGGCUGGUGCAGCACCGCAAGGUGCACUCGGAGCACCGGCCGCACCGCUGUGCCGCCUGCGGCAAGGCCUUCAAGCAGCGCUCCAACCUGCUCCGGCACCAGCUGGCGCACACCGGGGAGCGGCCCUUCCGCUGCGGCGACUGCGGCAAGGCCUUCCGCACCAAGGAGAACCUGGCGCACCACCGCAGGGUGCACAGCGGCGAGAAGCCCUACACGUGCGCCGAGUGCGGCAAGGCCUACCGCUGGCCCAAGGGCUUCAGCAUCCACCAGCGGCUGCACCGCGCCAAGCGCUGCUACACGUGCGAGCUCUGCGGGAAGGGCUUCCAGCACCUGGGCUUCUUCACGCGGCACCAGAGGACCCACGGGCGCGGGAACACGUAG